UGCGCCAAAUCGUUGUUGCCAGUAAACAACAAAAAGAAGAAGAAGAAGAAGCACUACUAAAUAUGGCUGCCAGGUUAUCUAAUGCAACUUAGCCAGAGCGACCUAUUUCGUUUUCAGAAUUGUAGCACGGACAUAAAGCUCAGUCGGUUGGUUUGAACCCUCGUGAGCUGGACACGAUGGAGGAACCAUGGGACUUUGAGUUCUUGUCCCGCAUCGCUGACAGCUGUCUGUCGUUCCUCACCGAGUUCGUGGACGACUGGCUCGCCAACGACAUGAGAGUUUCCAUAUUCAAGAUCUUACUCAGCUGGUUGAUCUUCAGCCUCAUCGCCAUUCACUUUGCGUGGAAGGUUUACGGGAACACAGUGAACGACAUGUAUUACCGACAAGGGACCGGACAGAACGGAGGAACCCCUGACACAGCCCCCCACCUGAGGGGAUGGGAAAGCAAAGCCAGAGAUACUCUGAAGACGCAUCGAGAUUAACAGGACAGUGGACUUUGACUUCGGACUUUAUCCAAGUGAGACCUGGACAGUUUGAGUCCUUCAGAGACAUCCAUUGCACCCACAUCUCUGAAAAACACAAUCUUCAGUGCGCUCAAGAUGGAUCCACUGUCUGGCUGAAGAAACAUGUUACCAUGCAUACCAACAGUUUCAUGCUGAUAUGCACUCAACAGACUAUUUAGUGCUGUACAAUAUUUAUUUCAAUCUUAUCUCUGGUCAAUGAACAGGAUUUUAUUCUGAACAAAAGCUUGUUUUUUCUUCCAAGGGGCCUCAGUAAAAAUUACAAAAAUAUUGAUGUUUACAUAUGAAUUUAGACGUUUUGAUGGUUGACAUGACAUUUUCCAUUCUAAGACCACAAGUAAGAAAAAAAAGAAUUGAGUCACAACACAAGAUCAUGUUCACAGAUUUGUUUAAAUAAUAGUAAGGCUGAAUAACAGCAGAGGCAAGUGAAUGACAGUGAGUGAUUUGCGUGUGUGUAGUUGCUGAUUAGAAACGUUCUUUGCAGUGGUCAUUUUAAUCAGUAAUUUCAUAAAUAAUACAUUUGGUCGAUAUAUAAAGACUGAUCCAUGAAAAUCAACUCAUCUUUCAUCUUCCAUGAUUUUUUGUGACUUUUAAACAACUGCUGUUCACCAUAACGAGUGCACUUAAUAGGGAAAAAAAUUUGUUUGAAGAGCCAUAAAGUGUUUUUUUUCCCUGA